CAGCAGAAUGGAUCCAGGGCACAGUCUUCUGUAUGUUCCAGAGUCUGUACCAAAGACUGCCUGCCUAAUGGAUGCACAGAUUGCCUCCGCAAAAUGAAAAACCCUAUAGUAGUGGGCAUCAUAAUAAUCCUGCUUUCAAUAGGUGUAAUUGCCUCACUCAUUUCUUAUUUGCAUCACAAAAGCAGAGUUCCUGCUUCAGAUCCACAUUUCCAAUUGGAUACUAUGUGGUUGGAAGAUAUCACGGUGAUCCUGUGUGUUCUGACUGUCUUCAUCACCAUGAUCAUUUCCUUUAUUUACUUUAGAUUCAGAGGUGUCCUAGAAGAAGAAAGUAAACGAGCAUCAACCAACUCAUCUGGAACUCUGGAUAAAGGUAUACAGAGGAAGAGGAGGCCUUUAUGGCAACUUUGCAAACUCAGAGACCUAAAAUAACCACGAAGGAUGAUCUGAAAUUAAAACUUUUAAACUAAAAGCAGUUUAUGGUGGGUAGUCAUAUCCUAGCUAGAAAUCUUGUCUGACAAAGAUCAAUUUUCACCUUAAUUAAGCCUGCUUAUUGUCUUUUUGCAUCUAUGAUAACAUACUUUUGGAUAUGAAAAUAACUUCCUUUUUCUGUACCCCUCACGUUCAGGCAUCACUCUGUAGAGACCACAAAUCCCUUCACGGUUAUUGAGUUAAUUGUUGACUGUUAACUAUCCUGUACCCACCUACGUAAAAGAAGUUGUAUCUUUCAUUUUACUGUUUAUCCAAUCCCAGAGGUUUCCCACUUUUCUUUCUCCUGCUUUCAAAUCUAUCACCAGUGGAUUUUAUGUGACC